AUGUCUGCUGCACAAACUGCUCCUGCUCCUGCGGCUGCUGGGCCUUCGAGAACCGAAGCCUCUACCAGCGCGGACCCCACUAUCGAGAAGAUCCCGGCGAUCCAGAAGACAUGGCGCGUAACGCGCAAGGGCAAGCCCGCAGACGUGCUCAAGCUCGCCGACGCGCCCGUCCCCGCGAAGCUCAAGAAGGGCGAGGUGCUCAUCAAGGUCCAAGCCACCGCGCUCAACCCUGUAGGGCACAAGCUCAUGGGCAAUGUGCCGAGCUUCGUGCUCAAGCGCUGGGUGUCGACCGAGUUCGACUUUGCGGGCGUGAUCGUGGACGCGAACGGCACGGAGUUCAAGGAGGGCGACGAGGUGUUUGGCUGGCAUCCAGUCUUCCAAGCGAUCACCACUGGUCAGGGCGCGCUCGCGCAGUACACGCGCUCCCCCGCUGCAAACGUCAUCUUGCGCCCGAAAAACAUCACGCCCAUCGAGGCUUCGGGCCUGCCUAUCGUCGCGCUCACGGCGUACGAGGGCCUGUUUGAUUUUGCGAAGCUCGAGGCGGGCCAGUCGGUGUUCAUUAACGGCGGAAGCACCGCGGUCGGGUCAUUUGCGAUCCAGCUCGCGAAGGCGAAGGGCGCGCACGUUGCCGCGAGUGCAUCUGCGAAGAAUGAGCAGUAUGUGCGUGGCCUAGGCGCUGACGAGUUCUUCGACUACACGAAGGCACCCCUGCACGAACAACUCAUCGCGGCGAACGUAACGCCUAAGUACCACGUCAUUUACGACACGGUCGGCCUCGUGGACCCCGCGCUGUUCGUACAUAGCCCGGCGUACCUCGCGCCGCAGGGCAUAUUCCUGUCGGUCGGCCCACAACAGGGCUCCGGGAUGCUGAGCUUCGUGUGGAACGUGCUUCUGCGGCCGACAUUCCUGGGAGGCGUGAACCGCAAAUGGAAGAUGAUUCAAGUGAAGCCUGUCCCGGAGGACCUGAAGGCGGUCACGGAGUUGGUCGAGGAAGGCAAAAUCCGCCCGCUGGUGGACUCCGUAUAUGAGUUCGAAGAUGCGCUCAAGGCGUACGAGCGUAUACUGACCGGUCGCGCGACGGGGAAAGUGAUCGUCAAGGUGGAUCCCACCGUAGCGUGAUCCGCGGCCGUACCUAUAUGUGUACGGUGACUUUACCCUAC